UAGUUAUGCCCACUUAUAUAACUACAAACAAUAAUAUUAUAGACCUUCGACCUGAUCAAACGCAGCCGACGUCCAUCAGUUAUCAGGUACCUAUGUGUAUACGACUCGUCCGUCAGUAUAACGCAGUGACCGCAAGCGACGGGCCGCGUUCUCCUCCGUGAAAUAUUUUCGUUGAUCCUUUCGUUCACCGAACGGCGUAAAUCAAGAAAAACGAAAAUGGAUUACCGUUUACAGCUGGUCACGUUAUUGUUGGCCGUGUGCAGUUGUUGCUGUGGAUUGCCGAAUAAUACCCGCUCUUACAACAUUCUGGUGUUUCUACCGACCGAAACCAAAAGCCAUUUUAUCGGGUUCCGACCCUUGCUGGAGACGUUAGUGACCAGGGGACACAAUGUGACACUAGUCUCACCAUUCGCGCUAGGUUCCGACGGGACGCCGUUGCCGCACUACACUCACGUCAAAGUGGAUAUCACCGAAAACGUGGCAGGUACCGUGGACUUCCUCGACAGGAACUCGCUGAUGAACAGACUGCCGCUGUACAUAUUCACUCUGUGGCUGGGCCCGAUGAUGACCAAGACCGCGGUAGACAAGAAGGCGGUCAGGGACUUUGUGCUCGGCGACCGGUCAGCGUUCGAUGUGGUGGUGGUCGAGAACUUCUUCCACGAGUGUUUCGUGACGCUCGGCCAUAAGUACGGGGUGCCGGUGGUGCAACUGCUGCCGUUCGCCGUCAACCCCAGGGUGUCGCAGUGGCAGGGCAACCCUUACGGGCCCUCGUACAUGGCCGACUUCGCGGCCGGUUUCGUGGCACCCAUGACGUUCGUUCAGCGCGCCCAGAACGGCGUGGCCGCCUUGUUCAACACGUGGGUUAACCGGCUGCUGUAUAUGCCCCAGCAGCGGGCCAUCAUGGACGAGCACUUUGCGUACCCAGGCCACGAGGGCCGGCCUGACCUUGAGACGAUGCUCCGGAAUGUGUCGCUUACGUUGGUAAACAGCCACCCGCUAAUCGGACCGCCAGCCCCUUACGUGCCCAGCUACGUACAGGUGGCCGGUAUGCACAUGAAACCGGCCGGGCCGCUGCCCAUGGACCUAAAAACAAUUUUGGACUCAGCUGAACACGGAGUGAUCUACUUCAGUUUGGGUUCGGUGGUUAAGUCAUCAAAAAUGCCUCGAGAAGUAGUGUCUUUCCUGUUGUCCGAAUUGGCCAAGCUGAAACAAACGGUUCUAUGGAAAUGGGAAGAUGAUCAGCUUCCCAACCUGCCAAAAAACGUCAUGGUCAAGAAAUGGUUUCCGCAAAACGAUAUAUUGGGUCAUCCAAACUGCCGGCUGUUCAUCACCCACGGGGGCAUACUUAGCCUGAUCGAGGCCAUUUACCACGGCGUGCCGAUGUUAUCUAUACCGGUAUUCGGCGAUCAGACUCACAAUUCGAUCGAAGCCGAGAGCAGAGGAUUCGCCUUGUACGUGUCCUACUUUGAACUGACGGCCGAGACUUUCGGAUCUAAACUCCAACAGCUCUUGCGAGACCUUAGGUUCGGUGAGGCCGCCGCGAAGGCGUCGGCUAUAAUGCGGGACAACCCGACGUCUGUGAUGGACAAGGCCGUAUUUUGGAUCGAGUUCGUCGUCCGACACGGAGGAGCGCCGCACUUGCGUACCGCAGCCAACCAACUCUACUGGUUUCAAUACUACAUGUUGGACGUGAUCGCCGCCGCAAUGGCCACGUUGGCUGUAGUUUCGUAUCUCAAUUACAAGUGUUUGGCGUACUUGCUGAAGAAAAUCGUCGGCGGCUCUAAGCGCCCCACUUCAAAAGUAUCAAAGCUCAAAAAGAAGAUGAAAUGAUAAUACCUUUUAAGUAUACAUAUUUAUGUGACCGAGCACCGCCGCACUGUAGGUAACUAUGGUUUGUGUUCAAAUCUUUAAUAAAAUAUAGUUUUCUGUUGACUGCUUAUAAAUUGAUGUGACAUAGGUAUUAUUUUUAAGGUAUACACCUAUUGACCUAUGACCUAUGUACCUGCAGUAUAAACGAUUAUGGGUUAUUGUAUGACCUCGCUGGAGUGCUGUUCAAAUGUUUACCUAAAUGUGAUGUGAUUCCUCUCGUUUGUCCUAUGUAUGAAUAAUUAUCAUAAGUCAUUUUAUAUCAAAAAGUAAAAAUAAAUUCCACAAGUUAAUAACGUAUUA